CAAUAAUUAACGAAGAAGAAGCAAAAAAAGAAAUACAAGAAUUUAUUGAUAACUCAGAUUUUUCCUUAUUAAUCGAAAAUGUUAAAGAAAUAGAAAACAAAGAUUUAAGCAAUUUUAAAGAAAAAAAGGUUUAUCCUAUGAAUAUUCCUUACGACAUUAGAGAGAGUUUAGAAAGAGACUUGAAGAAAGAGAUUAUUGAAGUUAUAUGUGAAGAAAAAAAUUAUGUUGAUAAUACUAUACAUGAGUUAACUGCUGAAGAAAACCAAGUUUCUAUCUUAAAUUUAAUUUUGAAAGAACUAGUAAAGAGAGGCAAAGUAGUUAUCAAUGACCCUAAAAAUAGAGAAAGUAAAGUUAUGGUUGACCAAAUAAGAGUUAUCGACAAGAAAAAGUUGGGGGAAAAAGCCGAACUACGCGAACCAAAUAAGAAAGCCGUUCAAACUUUUUUAAUCCACUAUUACCAAACCAAAGACCAGAAUGAGUAUAUUCUAUCGGUGGCGACCGGAAAGAUAAUUCGAGAAAAGACCAUCAACAAUUUUUCCCUCAAUAAACCUAAUUCUUUGGCUGAUAAAUUAACUAUUAGACCGCCUCAUAUUAUUGAUAUCAAAAAUUUCCAUACUGCCAAAACUACUGAUAAAAAUUCAGUUAAAUUAUUUAUUUUUACCGUUCAAUCUUUAACUCAAGCCAAAGGCAAAACCGCUCGCAAAACUAGUAAUUAUGACGAAUUAUUAGGACAAUCUUUACGGGAGCAUUUAAGCAGAUUAGAUGAUUUAGUUAUUUUGGCUGACGAACACCAUUUAUAUUAUGGGGAAAGAUUUUCUGAAGCCAUUCGGGAACUAAAACCAAAAAUUUUAAUUGGACUAACUGGCACUCCGCACGAAAAAACACCCACCAAGGAAAUCAUUUUUGACAUUGAGGAAGCCGAGGAAAUUCGAACCAGUUUAAUUGUUAAUUGUGAAUUUCCUCCAAAAAAUAUUCUCCAAGUUGAUAGCAGUAAAAUUACCGAUGAUUUAGCCCAAGGAUUACAAAAUAUUGAUAAUCUCCAAAGCCCCACCCGAAUUAUUGUUGCGGUUGCCACUUUUAUCGAACAAAUUAUUGGUCGGGGUUUGCGUUUGCCUUUUGGUUCAUAUACUCCCAAAGAAGCCUUAAAUAACUUGGAAAUUAUAAUGCAUGAUAACUUUAAAGAGUUGUUGGAUGUUCGUAAAUCUUUGAAGAGUAAUUUUUUUGGAAUAAGUGAUGAAGUCGACCGAGUCUCUUCUGGAAAUGAUUUUCCCCAGAACAAUCCCGAGUCCCCUAAUUUUUUAAGCAAUCCAGAAGAACCAAUCACUGGUUUUCCUCUCCAAACUUCUGGGGAAAGAGAGCAGGACAUUUUAAACCAAAAUCAAACCUUAAUUGAACCUAAUAAAAUUAAAGAGAAAUUCACUUUGAAAAUAUUGCGGCAAAAGUAUUUAGAAAAUUGUCAAGAACAACUGAAAAAAUUAACUCGAGAGAUAUUUAAGGAGUUAUACAUUAACCAAAAUGAAGCCCACCAAGAAGUUAUUGAGAAAACAUUCAAUUAUUACAGAAAACUCAACUGUGAAACCGUGACCGAAAAUUUAGCAGAAGAGUUUAUCAAAAAAUCUAAGGAUGAAAAUGAUAUUCAUUGGUUAGUGGAAAUUAAAGAUGAUAAUAAUCCUAAUCCCGAAAUUGAAGAGAAGAAACAAGCCGCAAAAGAUAAAUGUCAUGAAGGUAUCCCAAAAGGAAAAGAAAUGCAAAUUGAAGGAACAAUAAUUUGUAAGGAAUGUGCUUUAAUUAUUGAAAAAGAAAGCAAAGAAAAAGUUGUUGCCAGAUGUUGGAACUGUAAUUGUCUCAUCAGUACAGGUGAAUUAGUUCAUGAAAUUUCCAGAAACGAUUCUAAGGGUUGGAUUAGUCGAUUUUCGUUAAACUUAGAAAAUUAUGAGAAAAUGGCUCAAUGUGAUGAUUGUUAUUUAGAGUGGAGAAAUAAGGUCAAAAAAGGAGAAAAGUGGCUAAAGGCAAAAGAUAUCGAUCCUCUAAUAUCCGCUCGCAAUUUCCUCCAAAAAGCCCUCCGGGAGGCCAAAACUGAAUUAGAAAUUGCCGGGACUAUCCAAGCUUUUGAAAGAAGUUUUUCGAAUAAAGCCGGUUUAGAAAGUUUAAUUCCGGAUGCAGAAUCCUGA